AUUCGAAGCUCGAUGGCCAUCGAAGGAACGACGUUGCGAAGACGAGAUCUGCAUUUCGCAAUUGCGAUGGGCAAGGAAGACUCGGUGCAGUAUGCGUCCGUCAAGAUGCACGACGACGACGAUGGCCUUCCGCUCGAGCCCAUGCACAUCAAGUCGACGCGCGACGUGGCGGGCGACGCCAAGGACUGGCGCAGCGUCUUCUGGUGGACGUUCGCCAUCACGCCGUACGUCAUUUUGCUCUGCCUCCUCUUUCUGAGCUCGACGGGCAACCUCUCGGAAGAGACGGAUCUCAGCGUCGGCUGCGCGGCCCAGCGCCUUGAGAAGCUCCAGACGACGCGCAACGUCUUCUGGGACCAGUCGGUCGUGACCGACAAGACGCGGUUCGCAGCGAUCGGGCAAAAGGGCGCUACGAUCUGGAUGACGGGUCUCUCGGGCUCGGGCAAGAGCACGAUCGGCCGCGCGCUCGAGUCCGAGCUCAUCCACCGCCGCGUGCAGGUCUACCGCCUCGACGGCGACAACGUGCGCAUUGGCCUCAACCGCGACUUGGGCUUCUCGGCCGCCGACCGCGAAGAAAGCGUCCGCCGCGUCGGCGAAGUGGCCGCGCUCUUUGCGGCCUCGGGCACCGUCACGAUCGUCGGCCUCGUCUCGCCGUACCGCGCCCACCGCGACGAGGUCCGCGCCUUGCACGAGAAGAUGAACAUUCCGUUCUACGAGGUGUUUGUCGACACGCCGCUCGAGGUGGUCAUGGCGCGCGACAUCAAGGGCCUCUACAAGAAGGCCGUCGAGGGCAAGAUCCAAGAGUUCACCGGCAUCUCGGCGCCGUACGAAGCGCCGGUCGCCGCCGACAUGACGCUCUUCACGCCCAACCUCACGCUGUCGACCGAAGUCGACGCGCUCCUCUCCUUCCUCGAAGGCAAAGGGCUCUUCACCGGCGUCGCGUCGCUGCCGAGCGGGUAUCCCGGCGUCGCGCUUCCCGACGGCGGCAACGCGGCCGAGAACUUUACGUCCUUGUACCCGGACGCGCCGUCGGUCACCGCCGUCGACCCUGCGUGGCCGCGCGUCCUCCUCCGCGACGAAGACCUGCACUGGCUCCAAGUCAUUGGCGAGGGCUGGGCCGCGCCCCUCCGCGGCUUCAUGCGCGAAGGUGCGUACCUCCAGAGUCUGCACUUUAGCUCGGUCGUCUUCGACACGGACGGCUUGACCGACGGACGGCUCAACCCGCACGCGCCGACCAACUUUUCCGAGUACGCGAACGAAGGCUUGCGCAAAGGCCGUCGCGUGAACCUCCCGAUACCCAUCGUGCUGCCCGUGACGGCGGCGACGAAAGCGCUCAUCGACGGCGCGUCACACAUCGUGCUCGUGGACCGCGCCGGCGACGACGUGGCGAUCCUAGCGGCGCCCGAGGUCUUCCCGCACCGCAAGGAGGAGCGCAUUGCGCGGACAUUUGGAGCCAUGGACGCCCAGCACCCGUACAUCGCAGCCAUUCAGGCGUCCGGUGAGUUUCUCGUGGGCGGUGAGAUCCAGCUGCUCCAGCGCCUCACGUACAACGACGGUCUUGACGCGUACCGGCUCACGCCGGCCGAGCUCCGGCGCAAGUUUACAGAGAUGGGCGCCGACGCGGUGCUGGCCUUCCAGACGCGCAACCCGACACACGCCGGCCACGCGUACUUGAUGAACUCGGCGCGCCAGCAGCUGCUCGACAUGGGCUACAAGAACCCCGUGCUGUGGCUUUCGCCGCUCGGCGGCUGGACCAAGGACGACGACGUCCCGCUCAACGUCCGCGUCGACCAGCACGUGGCCAUUUUGAAGCAAGGGAUGCUCGACCCGGCCUCGACGGUGUUGGCGAUUUGGCCGUCGCCCAUGGUCUACGCCGGUCCGCGCGAAGUCCAGUGGCACGCCAAGUCGCGCAAGAACGCGGGCGCGACCUUCUUUGUCGUCGGGCGCGACCCCGCCGGCAUCAAGCGCUCGGACGGGCCCGACAUGUACGCGGGCGACCACGGCCGCUACGUGCUGCACCUGGCGCCCGGCCUGGACGACAUGCACAUCAUGUCGUUUCCCAAAGUUUUUUACGACAAGGUUGAUCACCGCAUGAAGCCGCUGGACAUGACGCGCCCCAAGGCGGACUUCUUGUCGAUUUCGGGCUCACGCAUGCGUCUCAUGGCCAAGAACGGUCUCCAGCCGUGCGACGGCGCCAUCCCGGCCAGCUGGGAGACGACGCCGACGUGCGUCCCGCCAGGGUUCAUGGCGCAGGCGGGCUGGGACCUCAUGAUCCAGUACUACCAGACGCCGAAUGCCGCCUCGAACGUCCAGUACGCCGAGCCGCGCCGGACGCUGGCGCCGCGCGACGACAUUACAGCGGUGGGCACCCUCGGCCAGCGGGACUUUGAGCUCUUUCUCCAAACGGCCAGCGGGAAGCGCUCGGCGUGGCACGACGUGCCGCUCUACGUCAAUAGCACCGCGGGCAUCGUCAACCUCGUCGUCGAGAUCGAGAAGGGCCACAUGGAGAAGAUGGAGGUGCAGAAGCAUCUUGCGUUCAACCCGAUCAUGCAGGACGUGACCAAGACCAACCACUCGCGCUACUACAUGUACGCGGUUCCCUUCUUCAACUACGGCAUGCUGCCCCGCACGUGGGAAGACCCGAUGCUCAAGGACGCGCACGGCCAUGCAGGCGACAACGACCCGCUCGACGUGAUUGAAAUCGGCGCGGCCGUGCUGCCCAUCGGCUCCGUCCAGCCCGUCCGCGUGCUCGGGAGCUUGGAGCUCCUUGACCAAGGCGAGGUCGACCACAAGAUCAUCGCGAUCUCGACGGCCGACCCGGACGCCGCCCGUAUCCAUACCGCCCACGACCUCCUCACGUACAAGCCGGAGGUCGUCGCGCGCCUUGUCGACUGGCUCAAAAACUACAAGCUGCCCGAAGGCAAGGCCGUCAACGCUCUGGCGCAGGAGUCGCUCACGUCGGCGGCAGCGGCGCUCGACAUCAUCGCCGAGACGCACACCCGGUACCAGCUGCUCAAGAACGGGACGACGCCCAACCCGGGCUUUUGGCUCGGCGACUAGCGCCUCAUCUUGCAUGCUUCCUCUUCUUCUUCAUGACACAUGGUUAUACAGACUACGACUACGACUGCGGCUUCGACCGACGCAAGGGUCUCGAGGAGGAAGGAGGACGAUUGUCGAUGCAAAACUUAG